AUGCGUUCGAUGUUGCUAAUUGCGAAAGUACUGUUGACCACACUUUGCCUGUGCAGCGUUAGCGCGGACAAAAAUCCGGGAAUUAUUUUUCGUCUAUCUCCAGCUGGUGUUAUUCAAACACGAAAUAUAGUUUCCGCUGUUUUCAAUUCAUUAAUGUCGAACCUAUACAUUCGUGACGUGUUCCAAGGAGAACGAAUGAGAAAGAAAAUCUCCAUAAGUGACCUGAAGAUCGUCAGGUUCAGGCCUCCAGAGCAAUUCCUCAUCGACUUGCAGGCCAACGGUCCUAACCAAAUCCUAAUCCAAAUCAAUGACUUCGACUUCGACGCAUCGGCCAACGUCAACACUGAAUUUCGCAUCCUGAGAUCAGCUACGUUCUACAUCAGUAUCGUGCAAAUGACACUAACCAUGGGUUUGAGAGUUCAGGCCUCUUCUUCGCGGCUGAUGGAUGUAAAAAUCAGUCAGUGCCACGUUGAACUGAGGAAAGUCCAUCUUCGGCUAUACAACGUCGUUGGGUCGAGACUCAUCAUGAGAUUCGCAGUGCCUAUCAUCAGGCUAUUGGUGAAAAGGUUUAUUGAAAGAAAUUUCUGCAAAAACCUGCAAAGCUUCGGUGGAACGGCGUUCAGCAAGUUCUUCGCGAACAUUCCAUCGAAAGUGCCCAUUUUACGGAACCGAGCGAAGAUGCGACAAGCGAGAGUUACCAGGAGCGUUCUGAAAGCUAAGCCUCAGAGUGAGCUGCUGCGAAAAUUUCUAUCCUACUUGCAGUCGUUAAUGGUCGGCGAAAUAUCAGCCAAUGGCAUGGGAGGAACUCCAUUUGAUCCAAAGCCGAUUGGCGACUUGGACAAGGGCACUAAUCGCAUGGUGUCCAUAGCCAUCGGCGAAUACGUCAUCAAUUCACUGCUGUACCAUCUUCUGAAGCAAGGAUUUUUCUCUUUCUCGUUCGAUGGCAAAAAUUCGGCGAGAAUGUCGCAGAUGCUUCAAACCACAUGUGACUCGCUUUGUAUCGGAACUGUUGUGCCGAUGUUAGAAGAAAAGUACCCGAACGAGAAGCUUGCACUGCAGAUUAAAUUCACAAACCCACCGAGGGUUGAAAUAAAUCCGUCUGGAUUGGUAAUAUAUGUGAACGCAGUGGAAAGAUUUAUCAUACCGAGACGAAACGUGGUUGGUUUAUCGGGAAACAUCACGGCUGUGGCCACUGUGAAGCUCAGAUCCAUAGGCGAUCGGAUUUACGGAACAGUUUCUUUCCUAAAGUUCACGUUUACACCAAAUGGUCAUAUAAAAAUGACUGAUUUGACCAAAGGUCUGCUGAAUGACAUUCCGAAAGCCGUUGCAGAAUCGAAAAUGAACGAAUUUCUGCAGAGAGGUCUGAAGCUGCCGAACAUCAGAAUGCUACGGUUCUACAAUCCGUUCAUCCGGCCAGGCUCCAACGCCAUCUGGUUGAAUGUAAACUUCCAUUUGGACCAGCAGUCGAUCUUAGCCACCGUACAAAAGAUGAAGAUGGGUCUCAGUACCGCGUUGAAGCGCAGACCUCAAAGGCCUUGA